GUCUCCCAAGAAAAGCAAAGGGGGUCCAAACGCCAACUUUGCAAGGCUGCAAGCGGAAAGCAAAGCGUAGAAGCUUUUCGUUCUCCUUCUCUCGCGCUCCAUCGGACGAUAAAACAAAAGGAAGAGCCGCCCCCGCCCCUUCCCUCGUUGCCUCGUCUCCCUCAUCAGAAGCACCUGAGAGAGGGGCGGAUGGCGAGCCUGGUGGGAUGGUGGGGGCGGGAGGAAGAUUACGGCGGGGUGGAGUUCUGGACGAGCCCCGAGAGGACCGGCUGGCUGAUGAAGCAGGGGGAGUACAUCAAGACGUGGCGUCGCCGGUGGUUCGUGCUGAAGAGCGGCAGGCUCUUCUGGUUUAAGGAGGCCGUGGUGACGCGCGCCUCCCGCCCACGCGGUGUCAUCCCCGUCAGCACCUGCCUCACCGUCAAGGGCGCCGAGGACGUCCUCAACAAGCCCUUCGCCUUCGAGAUCUCCACCAGCUCCGACACCAUGUACUUCAUCGCCGAUUCCGAGAAGGAGAAGGAGGAGUGGAUCAACUCCAUCGGUCGCUCCAUCGUCCAGCACUCCCGAUCCGUCACCGAUUCGGAAGUCGUCGACUACAGCUCCAAGCGCGAUGAUCCCUAGGGCCAUCGCUAGAUCGGAGAAAGCAGAAAGUUGGGUCAUGCUUAGCAAUGAAUCUCAUUAGGGCCCCCCCUUGCACAAAUUUCCGUCUCUACGUCUUCGCUCUCUGAUCUCUGGUCUAAUUUUCGUACUCUCUCUCCCUCUUUCUCUUAUCGUCCUUGUCGCCAUUGUGUAUCUAUACUCUCUGUUGCGGGUUAGAGACGUUCUCUUGCAGGUUUUGCUCUUUGGUUUCGCCUUCCCCCUUUUUAUCUAUAUAUAUAAUGUAAAUAUUGCUUUCCAUGCGAGUAAAUAUAAAUUUUAGGCAUCUCAAACCCUUUCUUUCUUC